AUGCUUAAAAAUGUGUUGUUCACUUUACCACGCGCGAAUUUUCAGAUAAACAUUAUAAGACACGCUCAGAAACGCUACCCGAAAAUUGACAAAAAAUUACAGGCUGCUGCUGAAUCUCUAGCUGCGAGAGGAUUUCUUCGACCGAAUAAGCCUUGGGAACCGCCAUCCAACAUAAAUGAAACAAUCCUUAAAAUUUGUGCUGACCAUGGCUUGAAUCUUGAUUCAGAUUUUGAAAAUCUGGAAGUGAAAUUCAAAGUUUUGAAAGCUUGUUUUGAAGAAACUGGCCAUGGCAUACCAAAUUCCUUAUUGCAUACAAUUGAAUGUGUUGAGGAUCUUCAAAAUUUCUAUGAAACUCCUGUUGAUGUUCUAACUCCAUUUGAUGCCUUGAAGAAGAUGGAAUUACCCAAGAACUUGCAUGUACAAGAAGAUUAUGUGCGAUUUCAUCCUGACAAAGACACAUUGUUUAAUGGGCAGUCAGCUUUCCCAAAAAGUUCCACGAUUGUGACUGGUUUGAAAACCAGAAGAAAGUACGAAGGUUAUUCCGCAAAGAGAUCCUGGCCGUGA